GUGACUGAGAUUAACAACUGUAAGUAAUAUUAAAAUGUUUUUGAUGAAAGGAAAGUAGAAUAGAAAAGGCUGUGUGGACUCCAGCCACAGAAGCAGCGGUAGUGCCAAAACAACAAAUAAUAGUGGACGCAUUACCCACCAACUACCUCAUCUUUUUUUUCCCUUCUAUUCCCUUCGUAGUUGCGACCCUUCUCUGUCAGGCAGUUGUUCGCGAGAAGAGCAGACGAUAAUCAAGCAGACUGUGACCUAUUACAUUACACCUGUGUUUGCUGUGCUGUUGUUGCUGCUAUUGGUUGGAUAUGGCAGCCAGGGUGAGGGUGGUGGUAAUGUUAUUCUGCCUCUUGGUUUUCUUGAUACCCCCAUCAUCUGCCGGUGGUCGGAAGCUGGAGAUAAAGAAGCACUUGAAGCGUCUGAACAAGCGUGCUGUUAAAACCAUUAAGAGCCGAGAUGGAGAUAUAAUCGACUGUGUCCGAGUAACCCACCAACCAGCUUUUGAUCAUCCCAUGCUGAAGAAUCAUACAAUUCAGAUGAAACCAAGUUUUCACCCAGAAGGGCUUUUUACUGAGAUGAAGGCGCCGUCCAAGUCCCAUAAAAGAUCAAAGCCUGUUACUCAGCUGUGGCAGCUGAACGGAAGGUGCCCAAAAGGAACUGUUCCCAUCAGAAGAACAAAGAGAGAAGAUGUUCUAAGAGCCAACUCCAUCAGCAGAUUUGGAAAGAAGAAACACAGAACCUUUCCUCAACCAAGGUCUGCAGAUCCUGACCUCAUCAGUCAAAGUGGCCAUCAGCAUGCAAUAGUUUAUGUGGAAGGAGAUAAGUAUUAUGGAGCAAAGGCAACCGUAAACGUUUGGGAACCCAAAAUCCAGCAGCCCAAUGAAUUCAGCCUUUCUCAGAUGUGGAUCUUAGGAGGUUCUUUUGGUGAAGAUCUCAACAGCAUUGAAGUUGGUUGGCAGGUCAGCCCAGAUCUAUAUGGAGAUAACAACAGUAGACUCUUCACAUACUGGACGAGUGAUGCAUAUCAAGCGACGGGUUGUUAUAACCUCCUCUGCUCAGGCUUUGUUCAAAUCAACAAUGAAAUAGCAAUGGGUGCGAGCAUCUUCCCUGUUUCCCGUUAUCACGGUUCCCAAUAUGAUAUCAGCAUACUUGUGUGGAAGGAUCCAAAAGAGGGUAAUUGGUGGAUGCAAUUUGGAAAUGACUAUGUGCUGGGGUAUUGGCCAGCCCUACUUUUCUCGUACCUAUCUGACAGUGCUUCCAUGAUUGAAUGGGGAGGGGAGGUUGUUAACUCCGAAGCUGAUGGACAGCACACCUCAACUCAAAUGGGCAGUGGUCAUUUCCCAGGAGAAGGGUUUGGUAAGGCUAGUUAUUUCAGGAAUAUUCAAAUUGUUGAUGGAUCCAACAGUCUACGACCUCCUAAAGACAUUGGCACUUUCACUGAGCAAUCCAGCUGCUACGAUGUCCAACAUGGAAACCAUGGUGAGUGGGGGAGCUACUUGUACUAUGGUGGUCCUGGUAGAAAUCCCAAUUGCCCAUGAUCAAAUUGAAAAAAGCAGGGCCUCCUUCAAUUCUUCUCUCCCACAUAUAUCACUCAAAGCACCCAUGUGCCCUUGUUUUGAUUAAUUCAUUAUUAUACAUCUCCUUUAUUCUUAGUCUAGCCUGGUAACCUCUGAAUCUUCUUUCUGUCUGUAUCAAGAUGGUCUGGCUCUUUAGAGCCCUCCACAUGAAAUGUUGGAGACAGAGAGGUGAUCCAGUUUCUUAUGCUUAAAGAAACAGGCACCUUUGUUACAUGUGUUUGUCUAUUUGUGAGUUGUUAAUGCAUGAAUAAUAUUCUUAUGGUUAAGUAAUUCAAUCUCUGUAAUGUGUAAUAAAGGUUAAUGGAAACUUCCCUUUUGGCUUGGUUAA